UUAAAAAUCUGUUGAAGCCGACACGUUAUUUGAUAAUAUCUCAAAAGCGAAAAGGAAUCAGCGAUCAGUGGAGAAGGAAUAGAAACACUUUCUAAGAUUUAUGAGGAUUUUGUUUCUAAACAGACAACAGAUCUUUGUGAUUCUUAUGGGGAUUUAUUUUUGAAACCAUAUUUCAGAAAGUGAAAGUUCAGAUCGCCGGAGCUCAAAGAGGGAAAAUGGCUUCACAAUCUCAAAACGAAUAUAGUUGUCCCGUGUGCUAUGAAAUCUUUAAGGAUCCUGUUCUUUUAUCAUGUAGUCACAGUGUCUGUAAAGAGUGUCUUCAACAGUUUUGGAGAAUCAAGAAAACUCCUGAGUGUCCUGUCUGCAGGAGAAGAUCCUCAAAUCAACAUCCUCCUCUUAAUCUUGCAUUAAAAAACUUGUGCGAGUCACUUCUGAAUGAAAGAAAGGAGAGGCGUACAUCAGGAUCUGAGGAGAUCUGUAGUUUACACGGAGAGAAACUCAAUCUCUUCUGUCUGGAGGACAAACAACCGGGGUGUUUACUGUGUAGAGAUUCACAACAACAUGACAAUCACAAAUUCAGACCCAUCAGUGAAGUUGUUCCAUCAUAUAAGGAGGAACUCAGUAAAGCACUGAAGCCUUUACAAGAUAAACUUAAAGACAAUGAAAAAAUGAAAGGAGAGUUUGAAAAAACAUUUCAACACAUUAAGUCUCAAGCUGAGCACACAGAGCUUCAGAUUAAACUGCAGUUUGAGAAACUUCAUCAGUUUCUCAGACAUGAAGAAUCAGCUACAAUCACUGCGCUGAGGAAGGAAGAGGAGCAGAAGAUGCAGAUGAUGAAGGAGAAGCUGGAGGAGAUCAACAGACACAUCUCAGCUCUUUCACAGACAGUCAAAAACACAGAGGAGAGGAUGAUAGCCAGUGAUGUCCGUUUCCUAAAGGAGUUUCCAGUCUCAAUGGAAAGAGUCCAGAUCUCACAGCCGGAUCCACAGACACCUUCUGGAGCCUUGAUUAAUGUGCCACGAUAUUUGGGAAACCUGUCCUUCAGAGUCUGGAAGAAGAUGCAAAAAAUUGUCCAAAACACUCCUGUGAUUCUGGAUCCAAACAGUGCAAAUCCAUUUCUCAUCCUGUCUGAUGAUCUGACCAGUGUGAGACGAAGUCAGAGAAAACAACCUCUUCCAGAUAAUCCAGAGAGAUUCGACGAAUAUUGCUGUGUUUUUGGUUCAGAGGGUUUCAACUCAGGAAAACACCGUUGGGAUGUGCAGGUUAAAGAGAGUUCAGACUGGAAUCUUGGAGUAACUACAGCAUCAAACAAAAGAAAAGGACGUGAUUUCUUCAAGACUGAUGUCUGGUGUGUGUUCUAUGGACUGUUUUUAGGGUCUGGUUUUCAUGUUAAACAGAAGCUUGAGCUUGUGAGAGUGGAUCUGGACUAUGACAAAGGAAUUUUGUCUUUCUCUGAUCCUGUGACUAAGAGACAUCUACACACAUUCACAGCCAACUUCACUGACACUGUCUUGCCAUUUUUUGAAUUUUCUUCCUCUCUUAAGAUCUUACCAAUCAGUAAGUAGUAAGUGAACAUUACACCUGUUGUUCUGGAUGUGUCUGUUUUUAUCAUGUUUCAGCAUUUAUUUGGUAACAAUUUACAAUAAUGGUACAUGAAUAACCAUGUACUAAUACCUGAUUCAGUACAUACUUCAACAUCGACUCAUGAUUAGUGUAGUGUAUAUUUUUGUUUUAUCAUAUUUGGAUAAUUAUUGUAUUAUUAUUUUAUUUCUUUAGGAAACAGAUUUUGAUGGGAAAUAAUAUUUUAUUUUAUUUCCAGCACAAAAUUAUUUUCUUAUUUUAUUUGAUUGUAUUUUAGUUUUGUUUUUUAAUGUAAUUUUAUUUUUUAUUUAUAAUAUUUUUUACUUUAUAUUUUUAUUUUAUUUCCAACAUUACAAUCAGUGCACACCAUUUUAUUCACUUUCAUUUUAUUUUAUUAACCCAAAGGCUGCACUACAGUCAGCUGCAGGUUUAUGUAUCACAUCCCGGUGUAAUUCAAGGUUCAAGGUUCAAAGUUUUUUCUAAGCCCAGAGAGUAAUUUCAAGAUUCAAGAUUUUUAUUUGGCACAUACAUGGUUAUAUGGAGAGCAUAUGACCAGCAGUGAAAUGUAAGGUGAAAUGUAAGUGUGAAGACUGGAGUAAUCAUGCUGAAAACUCAGUUUUGAUCACAGGAAUAAAUUGAAUUUAAAAACAGUUAUUUUAAAUUGUAAUAAUAUGUCACAAUAUAGUGGCAGUUAUAUGAUAUUUUACAUAUUAAAGAUAUU